AGACGUGACUUCCCGGAUGGAUGUGGAAAUGCGCAUCCUCGAAAAGCACCAGUGACUUUCUUCUCCGUGGCUGCACGGACGCCUGGCUGCCGAAUCUUUGGUGUCCUGCACGCGCUAAUUGGAGCGUCGCUGCAGUCUGGUCUGGUCUGGUCUCGUCUCGUCUUGUGCGUGUAUCAAAUGCCGCGCUGUAGCUGACUGCUACGCUCAUGUUUGAAAAGAUCGCGGUGAUGCUGGGAAAGGAAGACUCUCACCUGGACCUCUCGCAUCAUUUUCUCGCCCGUCGCAUCCGCUGAGCGGACGGUGCAUCUUCAGGCUCUGGCCGUGUCGCCGAUUUGAGCGGGGGGGAAAAAAGUCAACACGUGUGGCUUUUUUUUUUUUUUUUUUUUUUUGCAUGUGGACGUGCACUAAUUUGCAAUGUGGAGACUACUGCAAAUGUGUUACUACUGCUGCUGGAUUUUCUCUGGGCUCGUACCCUCCAUCGUUUUAUUCUGGGCCGAAUGCCAUCCCGUGCUGACAGGAAACCAAGCUAAGUCCUGCGCCCCUGUCCAAGACCUUCGUACAGCCGCUGAGACACGACUGCGGAGAGCUGCCAACGAAGAGACCUAUUGGGCCUACUCAGGUACGUAUGGACCAGAUGAGGGCUGGGCAUCAGCCUAUCCGGAAUGUAAGGAGAAAAACCAGUCGCCAAUCAACAUCGUGGACCAAGAUGCUAAAAUGUCCACUGAGUUUCAGGAAAUGACAUUGGAGGGCUUCGAUAGUAAAUCUUCAAACAAGACGUCGAUGAAGAACACUGGCAAAACAGUGGCCAUUAUGCUGAAAGAUGAUUAUUUUGUGAGGGGAGCAGGCCUUCCGGGGAGAUUUAAAGCAGAGAAAGUGGAGUUCCACUGGGGGCCCAGCAACGGAUCAGAAGGCUCUGAGCAUAGCAUCAAGGGCCGACGUUACCCGGUGGAGAUGCAAAUCUACAUGUACAACUCAGAUGACUUUGACAGCCUCGGCGCAGCACUCAGGGAGAAGAGAAUCAUCGCAGCCAUGGCAGUUUUCUUUCAGGUUGGAGGACAAGACAACCCGGCUGUUGAGCCCAUCAUUCAUGGCUUAAAGGGUGUGGUCCAUCAUGAAAAAGAGACUUUCUUGGAGCCCUUUGUCCUAAAAGAUCUGCUGCCGUCGUCAUUGGGCAGCUAUUACCGCUACACGGGCUCCCUGACCACUCCUCCCUGCAGCAAAAUUGUGGAAUGGAUCAUCUUCAGCAGACCCAUCUAUGUCUCUUACAAACAGUUAGAGGCUUUUUACUCCAUUUUCACCACGGAGCAACAGGACCACGUGAAGUCGGUGGAAUAUCUUCGCAGCAACUUCAGACCCAUUCAGAGCCUGGACGAUCGGCAUGUUUUCAAGUCGGCUGUCAAAGACGCCUGGUUGCCUGAGCUUUCGCACGGCGGCACAGAAUCUUCCAGAGUGUGCAGCAGCGCUCCAGUAAACAUAAAGGUGCAACACGUGAACGUAAGCGCCUUGGUGCUUGGAUGGGCACGUCCGGAGGUCAUCUACCAUCCACCUAUCCUCCACUUUCUGGUAUCCUACAGCUGGACAGCUCAUGAUGACAGCUAUGAAGAGACACACCUCACAGAUGCCAAACACAAACUGGAGGCGGUCAUCUCCCACGUCUCAGCGGAGGUUCUGUACCUUUUUCGGGUUCAGGCUGUCUGCGCCAACGACAUGCGCAGUGAUUUCAGUCAGAGCAUGCUCUUCAGAGCAAACACCACAAGAAUCUUUGAGGGGACGCGAAUCGUCAAAACCGGAAUGCCAACAGUUUCACCUGCCUCUUCGGCCGACAUGGCCCCCAUCUCCUCCGGUUCCUCCACCUGGACCUCCUCGGGCAUUCCCUUCUCCUUCGUCUCCAUGGCCACAGGCAUCGGCCCUUCUUCCAGCGGUAGUCAGGCGACGGUAGCCUCUGUGGUGACCAGCGCUUUACUCGCCGCUCUGGGCUUCAGCGGAGGAGUCAUUUCCUCCUUCCCUAGCUCGCUUUGGCCCAGCAGAUGUCACGACGUGGAUGUCGGCAGAUCCUCGGCGAGGGAGGACGGCGAGACGAGACCAGGGAGCGAAGGCGGCGGCGACAAUAAGGAUGGAGGCGGCGAGGAAAGAGAAACGGAAAAAGAGGAAGAGGAGAAAAGUGAGAAAAAGGGAAAGAAGCGGCCGGCAGAGGCAGUCGAGGAGGGCCAGGGCCGUAUGUACGACAGCGUGGCCGGGGAUGAUCCAGCCUGUGUGAAAGCGGCCGCCGCCGCAAAGGAGAAAGAAGAGACGGCAGCGGAUCCGACGUCUUGGCCCCCUGUUGCGGUGUACAACCUUGGAGCGGUUCCUGAGGGCUGCCGUUUGACGCUUAAGCUGCGAGCGACGGAGGCCCCGAAACAUCACUGUGUCUCCAUCCACUCUGUCGCCAACUGGAGCCACCGAGCGAGAAAGAGUUCACGGCUGGUGAACUGGAUGGCGCCUUUGCUUGAGGUCUCAGCUCUGUCCUUCUUCUGUCUCUCUCUCAUGCUUGCCGCACUCAUCGUGUACUGGAGACGUUGUUUUCAGACAACACCUCUCCAUGUGGAGGACAGAGGUUCGCCCAGGAUGCUGGCAGCCCCUCUCAUCCCCAUCCCCCCAGAUGACGUCAAAGAGAUUGAAGUAAAGCACUUCAUCCAGCAUGUCUCAGAGUUCUCCUUGAAUAACAUGCGAGGAUAUUCACAGGACUUUGAGGAGCUUCAGCGCUGUGGUGCACAAAUGAAAAUCACUUGGGAAAACUCCAACCGUCCUGAAAACAAGCAUAAGAAUAGAUACGUCAACAUAGUGGCCUAUGACCACAGCCGAGUGAAGUUAAGAAUUUUGCUGGGGAAGGAUUCCAAACACACGGACUACAUCAAUGCCAACUAUGUGGACGGUUACAAUAUGCCCAAAGCUUACAUCGCAGCCCAGGGCCCACUCAAGUCUACCUUUGAAGAUUUUUGGCGGAUGGUGUGGGAGCAGAAUACAGGCGUCAUUGUUAUGAUCACUAACUUAGUUGAAAAAGGACGGAGAAAAUGUGAGCAGUACUGGCCAACAGAGAAUAGUGAACAAUAUGGCAACCUAAUGGUCACACUGAAAAGCACCCGAGUCUAUGCCUGCUACACUGUUCGACAUUUUACUCUGCUGCACGCAAAAGUGAAAAAGGGUGCAAAGGGGCACCGGGCCAACAGUGAGCGGAACGUUCUCCAGUAUCAUUAUACGCAGUGGCCCGACAUGGGCGUUCCUGAAUAUACUUUACCUGUCCUGACAUUUGUUCGGAGGUCCUCUGCUGCCCAAAUGCCUGAUAUGGGGCCAAUGAUUGUCCAUUGCAGUGCGGGAGUGGGUCGUACAGGGACCUAUAUUGUCAUUGACAGCAUGUUGAAGCAGAUCAAGGACAAGCGCACUGUUAAUGUCCUGGGCUUUCUCAAACACAUACGUGCUCAGCGCAACUACUUGGUACAGACUGAGGAACAAUACGUAUUUAUCCACGAUGCCUUGGUGGAAGCCAUCUUGGCCAAGGAGAGUGAGGUUGCAGCCUGCAGCCUUCAUCACUACGCAGACACCAUCAGGACACCAGGACGCAGUGGUCGGACACGUGUGGAAAAACACUUUCAGUUGAUGACGCAGCGCAAUGGCAGAUUGACAGAGUGCUUCGCUUCUCAGAAGGAAUGCAACAAAGAGAAAAAUCGAAUCAGCUCUGUGGUGCCGUCGGAGCAAGCAAGGGUGAGCUUAGCACCUUUGCCCGGCGUCAAGGGGAGCGAUUACAUCAACGCCUCUUACAUUAUGGGUUACUACCGCAGUAAUGAAUUCAUCAUUACCCAACAUCCUCUGCCCCACAUCACAAAAGAUUUCUGGAGAAUGAUCUGGGACCAUAAUGCACAAAUGAUUGUCAUGCUGCCCAUCAACCACACACAGGAGGAGGACGAGUUUGUGUACUGGCCCAGUCGGGAGGAGCCCAUGAACUGUGAAGCCUUCACUGUCACCCUCAUCAGUCACGACUCACUCCGCUUGUCCGGCGAAGAGCAGAUCAGCAUCCACGACUUCAUCCUGGAAGCCACGCAGGAUGAUUACGUAUUGGAGGUGCGUCACUUUCGCUGCCCCAGGUGGCCAAAUCCCGAGCUGCCCGUCAGCAAAACCUUUGAACUUAUCGACAUCGUCAAGGGAGAGGCCGCCGUCCGUGACGGACCGACCGUCGUUCAUGACGAGUUUGGAGCAGUAUCUGCAGGUUUACUGUGCGCCCUCACCACGCUGUCUCAGCAACUGGAGAGUGAAGGGCUCGUCGAUGUCUAUCAAGCGGCCAAGAUGAUCAACCUCAUGAGGCCGGGGGUCUUCACGCACAUGGAUCAGUACCAGUUCCUGUAUGAAGCCCUUCUCAGCCUUGUCCACGCCAAGGAGAUCAGCUCUGGGCCUUUGGACAUGAAGCGGACCUUGUCAUCCUUGUCUGAUGAAUGGGACCAGGCAGAAAGUAGAGACUUGAGAGAGAGCGUGACCGCCGAGGAUGUCGUGGGGCUCCAAACAGCCGACACUCCCCCCAAGGAGGAGAGGAGACGUUUCAUUUUGUAACAUUGGACAUUUGGAGGCCUUUUUUGCCAGACUCUUGGUUAAAAGAAGAAGAAGAAGAAGAAGAAGAAGAAAAAACGGAUGACUUUUUUACACGGAUUUUUGGAUAUUUAUUUUUUGGGGAAGGGUUUGCAGCUGUGUUUUGAAGUUUGACUGACACUGCAUCAGCAGGGAAUGAGGAACACAAGUGGCUCAUUUCUCCUUUGCACUAUCUACGUACUACGUCAUGUCAAUGUUACCGCCUACGCUCACGCAAGCUGAUUGUUUGGACAUUCCGCAAAGUCGUUCCCUGCUAAACCAUCUGCUUCUUGCUGUGUUUGACACCACUCAUUGGCUUGAAAUGAGCCCAAGGAGGAGGGCAAGCCACCUCAGAAGCAAAAUGCAAUAACCUCCUCCUUGUUCUUGCUUCUUUUGCUUUGUACUUGCUUAUUUUUUAGAUGGCAUUCUCCCAAAGUGGUAAUAAGGUGGUGUGGUGUGGUGUGGUGUGGUGUUACAACAGUGACAGCUUUUUAUGGCUCACCUGUGCAGAUAUGAUCAGCCCCUCUUAGUAUGCGGCGUAUGUUGUCAGAGUUCACAGACUCUUCUUUGGCGUAUGUUUUUUUCCAUCUCAUUGAAAUCAUUCGGCUAGGCAAGCACAAUUUAAAGGGGAAGACAACUCCCAAAUGUCCCCUUCUGUUGGAAACACAGCAUUGUGAUUCAUAUUGCCUUUGCGGCUUAGCAGCAAAGUCGUCCUGUCUCUCUCGGGGGCCGUUUUGCCACUUGCUGUCGUCAUCGCACUCUCGGGUCGCAAGCCAUCACGCACGUUCCAUCACCUUUCUGAAGCUGAUCGCUUGUGACCUGAGAGCUAGCAAGUGAAACAAAGCCAGCCAGCAGUUUUGCUACUUAAGCCACAAAUGCAAUCUUCCUCACAACGCCACCUAUUAUUUAUUGCAAAACCAAUAUGGAAGUUGACUUCCCCUUCCCAAAGUCUCAUCGGUCAAGUGAAAAAGCUUGCUAUUGGAAGGACACUGGAUGAUAUGCAAGGGAACAUACGUAUACUCAGCAAGUUCUAUGCAACAGGUUGAAGAAAACCAAAACAGGGUGUGAUCCUCAGUGUCCUGUAUCGUCUGACCUCCGGAUAGAGACAGUUGACAUACAAAUUGCUUUGAAGCAAGUCACUUGAUGUCUGUCCCAUUUCUUAAGUGCAUGGACUAGAAACAGAGAAGCGGACGUCAUCAAAGUUCUCUCUUUUCGAUACAUUGUUUGGAGCGUUCUUAUUCUUGAUUGAGUUGACCUGCUGCUUUUUCACUCCUUCAUGUUUGGACGUUACAAAUGCCGCAAUGACCUCUUUGGGCAGCGCGCUGGGUUACCGCUGUACUCUUUUCCAUUGGAUGGCUUUAUACCUAUGGCUGCAGUUUUCAGACAAAUGUUGACUUUAUUUAUGACUGAACUGCAUUAGUGGAGCUUCACGAAGAACCAUAGCAUUCUAAAUGAUGUACCUAAUUGAAAGGAACUCCGUCAUAAAGCGAGGAGCCUCCCCGUGUAGUAUGUACGUCAUAUGUGCAAUAUGUUUCAAACAAUUUGCCCCUUGAUAUCGGGUGCAAUUAAGUUACAUUUACACUCAAUCCUAGACACAGGACAAAACAAAUCAGUUAAGAGGCAACUGUGGUACCUUGACGGUUGAAAGAUUUUACCAAAGUUUUCUGGCACUGACUUCUUGCUGGGUAAGGGUAAGGGUUAGGGUUAGCCCUAACCCCCCCGAAAUGGGGCCUGAAUCCCUUUGCACCACAUCUGUAUUCCCGUCUGUGUUUCAUCACCCAAAAACAAGACGUCCGUAUUGUCAUCAUUAUCUUUUACAAAUUGGCAAUCAAUUGAUUUUAUGCGUGGAAAAUACAUUCUGUAAAGGACUUUGCGCACAAGUUUCAGACAAAGAAAAAAGCAGCCAGGAUAUGAUUCCUUUUUUAUUAUUCCUAAAAAAACCUCUUGAAUCUUUGUUGUCUACAGCCUGUUCAGCAUUGCAAAUGAGAAUCCAUUGGUAAUUGCCUUUCUGUUGGCAAGGAGAGCUAAAAAAUGUCAAUGAAUUGCAAAUUGUACACAGUUGUAACAUCAACCUCUGUGCCGUGAAUGGCAAGCAAGCAGAUGCUGAAUCUCCUAUCUGAAGUUUGUCGGAUGAUUUUGCUCGGUUUGUCCACGUUUGAAAUACCUUGAUCUGGGUUCUCAAGUGCGCAUUGCUGCAUAUGCCAUUUGCAUAGGAGAAAUUGUUCACCUAUCAUUUCUUUCAUGACAUUUCUCAGUGCUGUCACACACAGCUGUGCUGUGAAUAAGCGAUGGAUGUAGUAUAUAUUUUGUUCACCCUUCCCUGAGAACUGGGACAGAGGAUAGGCGUCGUUAUUUUACUUGAUGGGUUUUAUUUUCUAUUUUAUUUUUUCUCAACACGAUUUCCAAUGUUCUGAAAAUGUUCACAAAACCUAUUUUUAACAUGAGGCACGUUUGAGUACAGCCAGUUAGUUCCCCCCCAGCAUUCAGUAAUCAGUAUUCUAUUCCGCUUUCCACCCUUCAUGUAGAAUCAGGCAGUAAUUGGGAUUUUAAGAUGAACAUGGAUUUCUUUCUUUCUGAUUCUUUUUUUUUUUUCUAAGCCAUAUGGAAUCAUUCGACUAUAGUGUUAUUUAAUAUGUAAAUGGUAUUGCUUAUUGAUUAUACAUACAAUAAAACAUGUUCUGGGAUUGUUA